GCCGCGGCGCUGACGGGCGCCCCAUAUAAGGGCGGCGGGAGGGGCGGUGCCCUAGUCCUCGUUGGCUGUUGGCGGGGGUCUGUGCUGGGUGCCGCUCUCCGGCCGCCGCGGGAACAACAUGGCGACGCUGAAGGCCGUCUGCGUGAUGAAGGGGGAGGGCCCCGUGCAGGGCAUCAUCCACUUCCAGCAGCAGGGUAAUGGACCAGUAAAAGUCACUGGAAGAAUCACUGGCUUGGCUGAUGGACAACAUGGUUUCCAUGUCCAUGAAUUUGGUGACAAUACAAAUGGGUGUAUCAGUGCAGGUCCUCACUUCAAUCCUGAAGGCAAGCAGCACGGUGGACCAAGUGAUGCAGAAAGGCACGUGGGAGACCUUGGCAAUGUGACUGCUAAAGGAGGAGUGGCAGAAGUGGACAUGGAAGAUCCCGUCAUUUCUCUUAGCGGGCCACACUGCAUCAUCGGACGUACCAUGGUGGUCCAUGAAAAAUGCGAUGACCUGGGUAGAGGGGGAGAUAAUGAGAGCAAAAUAACUGGAAAUGCUGGCCCUCGUUUAGCUUGUGGUGUAAUUGGAAUAGCGAAGAGCUAAGUAUUGUACCUGAAAUGCUUACAGCGAGUGAUAAAUGGGCUGUAUUUCAUUGCAAAUGCUGUACUUGCCCUUCCUUGUGCAAGCAAAAGAUUUACCACUUAAUCUCAUUACUACUCUGCAUUCUGAGUAUCACUUAAACUGGUGAAGACUGACUUAAUUUUGUAUGGUGUAUAUUGCAAUUAAAGUGACCCUGAUGGAAUGUCUCUCUAGUCUUCUGCUAAAGCAUCUGCUGUAACCAUCAAGUACAACUUCACUAUCUAGAGCUCCCGUUCUGUGUAAUGGAAGAUGUUUAGUAGUGAUUGUCUCCCGAGCGCCAGAACUUCUGGCACAUAGUGUGAUUUGGAGGAUUAGCCUUACGUGCUUUGGCAAGACUCCUCACCAAAGAGCAGUAGGCACUGCAUGUAUCAGGGCUUUGUCCUGGCAAAGUUGCAGCAUUUGUAGGUUUCACACUUGUGUAAUAAACUUGCUGGGCAAAUACACCUUGGUCUUGCUGUCUAUAAAAAAAAAAACCAAACCCCUACCUGCUGACUUGCUAACAUGGAAAUGUAGGCCUGGAUGUCAUCAUGUUGGUUGUUAAUAUGCUAGAUGUCACCAGCAUCCAACAAGUUGCUUCUAGCCAGUAGCCCUGAAACAGCUGAGACCCGAGUUAUGUUCCUUGUUACUCAUGUUGUGUGUUUUCUUGUGACAAUCCCAUGUUCUGGGGUAACAACCCAACACCCUCUGCACGUUACAGCCAAGGGGUUUCUGUACCUAAAGACAACAGCUGCUUUCCAGAAAUACUUUUUUGCUGUAAAAGGUCGUGGUGUGUGACACUUGUGACACUUGCAUGUGACUGCGCAGUGUGUAUGUGCAAGUGGUGGGGAAGCCUUGAGCACAUGGAGUGGUGUGGCUCCAACAUGUGUCCUUGUGUCUCGUCUGGACCUCUGGCUGUGUGGGUUGGGUGGUUGUGGACUGGUGUGUGGUAGAAGGUGGUGGACGUCUGGAUGCCUUGGUAAAGACAAAGCCUUUCUUCAAGCUAUGCAGGGGCGUCUAGUGUGGAGUAGGACUUUCCUUGAAAAGGAUAUACAUAGCCAGAAGUUCCGUAUUUAAUUUCAUAAAGCUUUCCAGCAGUGUAAUUGCUGUGUGCCAGUGCCAGCUUUCAUUAUUUUCUUAUAUGUACCUCUUAAACACAGAUGUCCAAGUCUUUUAAUACAGAAAAUUAUUAGUUUUAAUGAAGACUUGUAUCAACAUUCCUUUACCUUGUACAUAAGAGAUAUUCAUGGAAGUAGUUGGCUGUAGUUCUAGACAACCAGAUGGCAGUGUGGCAUGUUACAGAUGGAAUGGCUUUUGGUAGUAUAGCAAGAAUAUUGUAAAAACACUUCAAACUUACAUUCACUCCAGGUGGCAAACGCUUGUGUGUACAGUCUCUACCCACCUGUAACUCUUCCAGUGGAUUAGUCUGUGCUCUGAUUUAGCUGCUGCACAGAGUUAAGAUGGUGACUGCACCUUUCAGCUCCCUUCUUGGGUAUCAGGGGGGUGCAGAACACUGAACAUGCACAAAUACCACCAUCACCUCUUUGUGUUUCAGAAGUUCAGAGGACAGUUGGGUUGCCUGUCUUCUCCUUAAGGGGAAAGGCCAGCAAGUGUGUGACAAGCAUAGGUGGAGCUCUGGCAGCUCUGCCUGCCUCUGCUCCCAGCUGUUCUCAGUGCUUUGAAAGCCUGGUGUGUGAAGAUCUUGACUUUCAAACCUGUUUUCCCUUGUUGGGUUAACUGAUGGCACACUAGCCUCUUAAGCCAAUGCUAUAUUGAAGGAUGUAUAAGUAAUGUUUGGUUUAUGUACAAACAAAUCACUGUAAGUGGCAGGCACAGGCUCCGUAACCAAGGUAUUAAUUACUGUUGUCACUGUAGCCUCUUUAUCAGCAGCAGAUGCUUACACUGAGUUAAUAAAUCUUUUGGUGCAAAUUUCUGGCUUCUUUUAAAGCCAGAAAUGUGGUAGUUGUAGAAGGGUAGGAUAGAGUUGUACUGGUGAUGCUGUGAAGAUGAUGCAUCCCCAGCAGGUUUAUGAUACAAUUACUGGUUUGGAAACUGUUCUGCAAAGGAUGGCCAAGGUUUUGCUGGGUUUGGAUUUCAAUUUCCUAGAAGGGGAAACAGAGAGAAUGCAAGGUGGCAUUUGUGUGAACAGAUAAGCCUUCUGUCUCUUUCAUUCUUGUCUUCAAAUACUUUAAUAAAGUGUAUUCAUUAAAAAAAA